AUGCAAACUUUUGCCGGUUUUUGGGACUUUUUCGUUUUUAAUUUAAUAAAUCAAGAAGCAUUUGUUCCAUCAUUAGGCGUGAAUGUAACCGGCAUACGAGAGAAUCAUUUACAAUUAAACAUAGAUCAAGAAGCCUCUGUAUUCAUUUCACUUGUAUCAUCCACUCAAGAUCAUGAUGUAACUGAUGAUGAAGAAAAUAAUGACAAUAAUGCCCUCAUACCCUUAAUUGAUGGCGAAGAAGAAAAACAACCCGUGAAAAAAAGAUCAUUUCUUCCAAAUAGAAUCAGCUCCGAAAUUCUUUUGAAACAACUUUUUCAUGAACAUGUAUUUGUUCGGGCAAAGAACCGGUCAGCUUCUCCCAACAAAAGUCAACAGUUCGGGCAGCUAAGAAAAGAUGGGUCAAAGUCAAACCUUCUUGGUCAUUUCUGCAUGUCUCUAACUCACAGAAUAUUUUCAUAUAAAGUUUUGACACAACUAGAAAAUCUGGCUAAGAGUGUAUCGUAUGUUAGAUUGGUGUCUCAUCCUACAUGGACUUCUCGUACAUCUUCAUGGACACUGGUGGUGGAUGUCCCUCAGUCCAUUCUUCAUUCCGGCCACCAGAUGUGGGCGGCAGAGAAGAGGGGGAAGUCACAGUCCCACACUAAAGUGGUGGUGAUUGAUGAUUGUACUAAUAUUGAAGGUGAAGGUGCUCCGAAUGUAGUCGGGCUCUUUAAAGGGAAAUGUGAAAACAGCUGUUCCAUCAAUAGAUAUGAUUGUAACUUAGCCGACCUUCAUGUCAUACUUUUACAACAGGUUGCGAGUCAAAUUAUCCAUUGGCUGCAUGAAGAAGCUCUUAGUGUGGGAAUGAACGCGAGUCGGGACUUUUUAAGCUUUUGUUUUGAGGUGGAGCAGGGUGAAGCGGUGGGUGUGGUGGUUCAUGUGGAUCCGGAGGAUGGUGAAGGCGGCAUAUCGUGGUGGUUGGUGGUGGGGAAUGGCGGAGGAGUGGAGGAAUACAAGGUUGAAAGAGAGGAUUCGGAGGGGGAAACAAAGAGAUAUUUGGGGCAUUUAUCUCUUGAUGUGUUGUAUGCAACUUUGUUGGAUCUCUUGACCAUGUGUAGCAAUGGUGGGAGCCUCAAGUCUUCGUUAGUUAAUCAACUGUAA